AUGCCAGCAAAGGGCGCGUCCCGCGAUGAGUCCAAGUGGGACAUAAUCGGUAAGAAAGGGCAAUGGCAGGUCCUCUCAAUCAUGCCCUACAGUGAUGGAGAUCAAAGACACUGGCCUCCCAAACCGUAUCGGCCCAGCUCUAUUGAACGCCACUUGGUCGCCCUGGCAAAAGCCUGGUCAGAGAAGCUCGGGAUUGCGCGUCCAGGUGUGGACUACUAUCUCGACAAACUCCCUCUUGGUUAUGAGCUGUUCGAAAUAGCCCAGCCCGGCAACACAGGCGUAUUCUAUAAGCGACUCUUUGGCCAUCAGUCUGGCAAGUACUUCGACUCCAUUCCUCAAUUUCGACCGCAUUUCCUCUGGUUGAUGUCGGGAAUGCAGGGCCCUUGUGAAUGCGUACUCUGCGGCAGGCCCAAAACGGACCCGAUCAAGCGUCGAAAGCGGCACUCUGGGAUGCGGGAGCUCUCAGUUACAAGGGACAACAAAACGGCGCUCACCUCUCGGAAAGGUGGACUCUCAUCGAUGUCGACUUCUACUGCAAGUCGUGCCAACGGGACUUUUUCAGCUCGUCCCCAGCGCCAGAUCAAGGCUGUCGGAGCUCCCUAUGCAUUGGAUCCAGAAGGGACGGAAGAUGUGUUUAAAAGCCAGCUAAAGAGACUGGAGGCCACAAAGGGAGGCAAAACGGGGAUCGAGGACGAUAUCAGGGAGCCCAAUUCCAUUGAUUGGAGAGCCGAGCACUCAUGGACCACUCAAGAUGUUCAUCAUUGGACAGGUGUCGACCAUGUUCAGCGAAGUUUGACCUUGAUCGAACAGCAACACGCGUUUGUGCCUCGAAUCGGAGAACUUGUGUUGUUCUGCCCUAAUUUUCUCCACGAGCACUACCUUAUGCUCGAAGAAAAGACACAGGAAUACAAGUUCUACUCCUUUGAUCAGAAAUGCUUUCAUGGUUCACCGGUAUGGAGAGGUGGGGUUGUUGCGGCCGUGCCGUCCGCUACUGCAACUGAUGGGCGGGUGGACUUUCCUGACAUUCAAGAUCUUCCGUCAAAGCAGACCAAUUUGAAUAUUGGAGGCUUCCGAGUGGAAACGUUCCCAGAUCCUAAUGAUGAGAACGACAAAUCAAUGUCCAAACAAUACCGGUACCUCCCUUUGCGAAAUAUCCGGCCCUUGAGUCACUGGCAGAUGUUGCUCCGCGGGAUUCCAAGGACGAAGUGGCACCCAUCAAUUGAAUACGCUCUGACUUGUAUGACCAGUAUCUCGCUUCUGGAGAAAUGGUAUUUCACGGGGGAUGGCCCUUACGCUACCAUUCGUUGCAAGGGCAUUUACAUAGGACCGGAGCUGAUCACUGUUGGCGAUGCCGUGAUGCUGAAGCAGUACCUCAAGACGAGGUCAAGACUCUGUUUCGCCCUGUUGGCUCAGCAACCUAUGGUCCUUGGUAUCGUCUACAUUCACCUCAUAAUCGAUAUGAGAUAUCGCACGACCAGAUUGUCGGAAGACUAUGCGAAGCUGCAGCUGAAAGGUUGCAUCAAACCAUCCCUUGAUUACGACUGGAAAGGCAUCGAAGAAGGUCGGAUCUAUGCCACGCAAGCAGAUGAAAGAUUAAGCGAGGCAGAGCAGGGCUCAGUGCUCUGGUACUGGGCCGACACUAGGGCCGAAGCAUUGGAUCUACGGACGAUCAACGGACUUGAAGUCGGCAAAUACGACAGGACCCGGGACAAGGACACAUUGGAACUUUGGAGGACGCAUUUGAAAAUCCUCAAUGGCCAGCAAUUGUCGCAUGACACUUUUGCCUCAAAGUACACCUCCAAUUUCGGCGAUAUCGAGCUGGAUGGACCCAAACGAGGGAGGCCAGUAGGCUCAAAGGUCAUUGACGGCAAAUUAUACAAGCCCGGUGAUCCCGGAUAUGACGAUAUUGUUGCCGGAAACGUUGUCGAACACGCAUCAACUCCAAGCAAACGAAAAGGCAGUAAGUUGGCGGAAGCAGCGCUUGUGUCCACAGACGACGACGGCGACGACGACGAAGAAGGAGAAGAAGAAGAAGAAGAAGAAGAAGAAGAAGAGGAAGAUUCAGGAGAACGUAGGGAGAAUUGGUAUGAUACAUUAGAGGCUACGACAGAAAUUCCGAUUGUCGGAGAUGGAAGGUCUGUUUCAAAUCAGAAGAAGUCCAAGACAAAGGCGCAAAUCAUGGCCAGUGCGAUUGAGGAGGAAGAGAUCUCUGAGGAUGAUGACUGGUUAAAUGAUCGCAUUCCACUCGCUCGAGGAGGAACGGAAGAGACAGAAGGUGGCGAUUACGACCCUCGCGGCGAGCAGGGUUAG